AUGCCUGCGUUGCCUCUUUCUUUGGUGUCCCUGAUGGGCGGGGUCUUGUCUUCUUUCUUAUUCCCCGCUGCUGUUUUUUCCAAGCCUACUUCCUUCUCUGUCAGCACCCGUAGCGGCGGCGUGCAGUUCGUGGACGGUCCGCUCACUGCAGACAACAUCGGAAUACACACUGCUGAUAACACAGCGUAUUUCACCGACAUCACAUUAGGAGGAGUCAACCUGACGGUGGUCUUCGACACCGGCUCCUCCGACCUCCUUGUGAUCCUGCAGGGGCGCGACAUCAACUUGACGAACUCCACCGACGUCCAAACGUCCGAAGCCUUCGGUCUCGGGGCGGCCUCGGGCACUAUCAAGUUCGCGGACCUACAGCUUGGGGAUUCUACCGUGAAGUCUCAAGCCUUCCUUGACGUCACACAGACGCAGGACUUUGGCAAUAGCCAAGACGGUAUCAUCGGCAUGAGUUUCAAUGCGCCGUCGGCCGUCCUCGACUCGCUCGCCAAGGCCUUCGGACAGGAUGCGGCCGCGGCGAUUGGCGGCACCCCCAUGCCCGCACUCUUCGCUCAACAACCCGACCUACAGAAGAGCUUUGAUGUCGUCCUGGGUCGCGCUGACGGGCUUGGAGAUCCCGCACAGGGCACGUUCCUCAUCGGCGCCCAUGACGAAACCUUCAAUCAGCAGGUGUCUGCCGCACCGCAGCUCACCAGCGUCAGCGGGGACCAUUGGAGCGCGGUCCUGGACUCGAUGAACAUCAACGGCAAACCGUUCCAGUUCAACGCCUCGCGCAUCCAGGGGGUACCCGAGGGCAAAGUUGCGGCCGUGCUCGACACCGGGUUCUCGUUCCCGCCACUGCCGGCGCCUGCCGUGGACGCGAUCUACUCUACAAUCGAGGGCGCCGUUUUCGACAGGAACCACAGUUUCUGGAUCGUGCCGUGCACUGCUAGCGCGAAUUUAUCCUUCGUUUUCGGCGGCCAGGAGUUCCUCGUCCAUCCCCUCGACAUCACCUUCCCCACGGUCGGUCCCUUCACAGGCGACCCGACCACCAAUGUGACGGUCUGCAUCAACACUUUCCAAUACCUCACGCUGGACCCAACGCAGUUCGUCGGCUUUGACAUCAUCCUCGGCGAUGCCUUCCUGCGCAAUGCCUACUCCUCGUUUAACUACGGUGACGGAGUCACGGGCCCCUUCAUGCAACUCGUCAGUACAACGACCGACGCGAACGCGGCGCUGCAGGAGUUCCAGACGCAGCGCGCGGCAACGCUCGCGAAGCUGCCGCCUGCAGUCGAUCCGGCCUCGGUCGCGAACAAGGAGGGCCAGCAUGCUUGCGGUGAUCGCGCGGGCCCGCAUAUGGCAUGA